AUGAUGGACUCCACCGUCCGGGAACUGUCUUGUCUAUCGGCUUUGAGAGGCCAUCCUAAUAUAGUGGAGACGCUGGACUGUUUUCUUCACGAUGGCGAGAUAUCAACGCUCAUGCCCUACCUCCCUUUAACGCUGUUUGAGGUGAUCUACCAGGGUCGCUAUCACUCGGGCCUGUUGCCGAUUACGUUUAUCAGCCGUUUCUCUCUGGAGAUUGCCGACGCUCUGUCUUACAUGCACGGGCUUAACAUGAUACACAGAGAUCUGACACCCGCUAAUGUGUUGCUCACAGCGGACACGCUAACCGUGAAGGUGGCAGAUAUGGGCCUUUCUAGGUAUGCUGCGAAGUCCAUGAGUUCUGGGUUGGUAACGGAGUCCUACAGAGCCCCGGAAUUAUUUGACACAAAGAAGGAGCGUAUCGCGCAGUACACCUGCGCUAUCGACAUGUGGAGCCUGGGCGUGCUGAUAGUAGAUGCCAUGGAGUCGACGAUGACCUUUCACAGUAAAAACUUUCCAACGUAUAAAAUCAUCAAGGAAACUCUCGGCCGCGACGACCACGACGAGGAGAGCAUCUGGAAUCCCAUGCAUGUAAUGCCCACCCUGAUGCGGUGUACGGCGGUGAAGAGAAUCGCGUUGCCAUUGCUGCAGUACGACCCGAAACGCAGACUAACUGCGCGGACGUUACUGGAUGACAGUAGAUGGAAACGGAUCGCCACCGCGAUCACCGAUGUUGAUAUUGACCGUGUGAAACGUUACGCUGGCAUUCAGCGCACAGCCUGUAAAUCCCGCUAG